UUAUGAGCGCCCAGUCGCUCUCCUCUUUUUUGAGGCCAUUUCAGAAAAUUGUUCGAUGAGUUCUUGGCAACGUUGCUUCCGUUGAACGUCAUUCAUCCGAACCGCCACCAACUUCGCUUCAUUGUAUCUCCUUACUGCUUCUCCGAAUCGUGA